UGUGGAUUCUCCGGCUCCUGUCAAAGGAUUGCACGUGCCCACCCUGAACAUUCUGGCAGCUGGUAUGUCCAAGCAAGAUCAGGACACGGCGCUGCGCUAUAUGUUGGCGCACCUCGACAAUGCUUUGCGAGCUGACGAAGGCGUGCCUCUCUCCAGGCUGCAAGGCAUCCUUUCACAACUCCUGCCACUAGUCUGUGGCCCAUUUAGUGCUACAACUAGAAGCAUAUGGUUGGUCGCAAGACGCUUUGCCAGCACAAUGGUCAACUGGUGCCAACCACCUUUCGUGAAACCAGAUCCACGGACAGUGGCACCGGCGACGAAAAUUGGUUCCAGCUUGGAUGAUCUGCGAAACUACAAGAUACCCAAGAUAAGGCGACAGCAACCGCCAGUGGAGGAACACGACCGUCACAUUUCCAGAGCAUCACCUGUUUCUCAAAGGAGUAAGAAACGUGAAGAACAAGAAGAGCAUCGAAAGGGGCUCAUUAGGUCCCAGAGCAGGAGCCCACUUGGUGGCAGGUCGUCUAGCAGGUGUGUGGUGAAUAGAACAAUUGAAGAUAUGAACAAGGCCUGCCCAAGGGUGCCCAGCGGCUACAUUUCGUGCGGUGAUGGCUGCCCUCUUCAAAAUGAAGCAGGCAACGAGUUUCCCAGGAGUCCCACCAUGCGCCCUUUGGAAGACGACUGGGGUAUUAGUGGGAAGGUAGCCAAGUUGGCCACACUCGGUCGUAUGCCAUUAAGCAGCCACGUCAGGCAGAAGCAACAGACUGAAAAAGUGUGCGUUAUGUGUAAACGCAGAGACAUUUCUGAUGCUGGGGGCCAAGACACCUGGAUCAGGUGCUCCCUUUGCAAGCAGAUCACCAAAGAACGGGCUGCAGUAAAAGAGAAGGGGGGCAAGGAACGGCUGGCUGCUCCCGAACCAGACACGCCCGCCAAACUGCACAAGCACCGAGCCUCGUCGGAUGUCGAGAACAGGGAGCGGGAUGCCAAGACACCCACCUGCCCACUUUCAUCCAGGUCGGAUAACAGAGUUAAAGUGGACACUGUGUCACCCCAAGGGAAGAAGCACCGGAUUGUUUCAAAAAAGCAAGCACGUAAAGCCUACCUCACGAAGCCAGUCAUCUCGUUAAGCGAUGAAUCCUGCAGUGAGGAUGAUGGUUGUUCUGCUACGGCUACUGCUGUUUCUGUGUCUCAACAAGUUGAGGUGACUGCAUCGCCAUAUGUGCAGCCCUGGCAAGACGAAAACACGACUUCAAACGAUAGUCACCGAAACGUUAUAAAACACCUGCCUCUAAAGGAUGACAGUCAGAGUUCAGAGAAAUGUUUUAAAGCAAGUCGCACUGGUUCGAAAGUUAGCAGAGCCAAACCUGCAUUACAAAAAAGGACGAUUAAGGGCAGUAACAAGGAAAAUCUGAGAUGUGAAGUGAUGAAACAAGCAUGGAAAAUGGCAAGCGACAUAGAUGACUUUUUGAGAGCGCUGAGUGAAAUGCUGAAGGGCACAGAUCCAAUGAAAGCUGUCGCCAAGAAAGAGAAGAAGAGUGAAGCCUAUGGAAAUUGUGAAAGUGUAAAAGAUGAUCAUGCAGAUACAAAAACUGCAUCCUUAGAGCAAACUGAUGUUUCGAGGGAUGCUUGCGGAUUUACCUCAGACUUUAAUCUCAUCAGGUAGCCCAGCAUUAGUUGCAGCAUCAAUCUUUAGUCUCACCCUGGCCGACUGGGAGGGUCUAAAGAAUGAAUGGAUCGACGAUGCCGAGUCCAUGAGUGUCGGUGGCAUGACUGGCAAGAUUGCGCCUACUAGCACCUUGGUGUCAAGUGACAGUGGUCCACUUGGUGGUAACAAUGGCGAUUUGGCAACAGGCCCUGCAAAAUGUGCUGCAGAGGCAUGUUCGCCUCCUAUCUUGAUCUCUGAUUUUUAAGAUGACGAAUUAAAAGAGGAUUGCAA